ACUAUUAGCAACAGUUCUGAAUCAGGUUGUGUUGUGCAUUCUUCAUACGAUCUCACACAUGGGACACUUAUCUGAUGGUUUGAUACACGAGUUGAUCGUAGUAUAUCUUUGUUUAAAUUGAAGGAAACCGCCAGUUGGAAAUUUCAUUGCCUUUAAUUGCUUCUUCUUGAAUAAACAAUAGAUUGUUACUUAAAUCGUCAAAUUCGCAUGUCUUUAUUUGGCUUUGGGAAUUGAUUUGGAAAAAAAUACAACUUCUGAGUUCAUCAAAGGACAUUUUUAAAAUAUUAUUCAGGUCCAGAUUGUCCUGGAUAUUCGGCAUGUUCGGUAGACCCAGCUACAGUUCAAGGAUGUAUUCGAUUGCAAAAGUUUUGAUACUCGCAAUCAUCACGAUGCUAAACGCACAUAAAGCGAGCAGUUCGGUUACAUAUUUAGGAAAAGUUGUCAUCGGCGUCGACGUCUGCCGGGAUGUGAACUGUAACGUGACCGACGGUAUUAUCUACUCUGCCGAUCUCCCCACAACAUUUUCAAACGUCAUGGACCUUGAAUAUUCCGGCUUCAAUUUGAGUGAUUUUGUCGAUACCGAGGAGUUACUACCUAACUACGUGGACUACGAUCCUCUUAAUAACCGAUUCUACUUCAUGGAACGGUUUGGCGCUGGAGUUAGCGUAGAUUUCAUGGGUGGAUCUGCAGUUUUCUUCGCCCACGACCAAGGUGUUCGUCUUUUCUACGCAUCUGGCUUCGGGGAACUAGGACACAUCCGCCCCGACGGUAAGGGGAAAACCAUCUUGUACGUCGCCCCCGGCUCAAACCCUUUGCUCUUCAACAUUGCCAAGUAUGGGGAUCUGGUAUUCGUCCACGAAGAUCUAUUCAACACAGAGUUCAAAGACUACGCUCUCUCCAUCAUCAGCAUCCCUGAUAAAUCCCUGAUUGAGCAGAGGACAGGCUUCGCAACAUCCGAUGGCGAACAUGAGUUUUGGCACACGGAUCGGUUUCGGGUCCGGCUUCAAUGUAAGUCUCCCUCGCUUUGA